AUGUCCAAGAAAGGUGUUGCCGGUAACAAGCUUAAGAUGACGCUCGGUCUGCCUUGCGGCGCCGUGCUCAACUGCUGCGACAACUCCGGAGCCCGUAACCUCUACAUCAUUGCUGUCACGGGUACUGGUGCGCGCCUGAACCGUCUCCCCGCCGCCGGUGUCGGUGACAUGGUUAUGGCCACCGUCAAGAAGGGAAAGCCUGAGCUCCGUAAGAAGGUCAUGCCCGCUGUUGUUGUCCGCCAGAGCAAGCCCUGGCGCCGACCUGACGGCAUCUACCUCUACUUCGAGGACAAUGCCGGUGUUAUCGUCAACGCCAAGGGUGAAAUGAAGGGUUCCGCUAUUACCGGCCCUGUCGGUAAGGAGGCUGCUGAGCUUUGGCCUCGUAUUGCCUCCAACUCCGGUGUCGUCAUGUAA